AUGGUUGUCCUGAUAGCGCAUUUGUCUGUGGCGGUUAGUUUGAUCUUUAACGAUGGCGACGGAUCGGAGACCUGGGAACGAGUAGCAGCAGUAUUACUAAACACAGAACUGUCUCCUAAUAUUAGAAUUAGAGCUGCAAUUUUAACACUAACCAAGAGUACAUAUAGCAUAUUUGCUGCUGUGGUGAACCUUUUAAUACAAGAUCCUUUGAAUGAGCGCCAUUACCCAGUAAAAUGGCAUACUGCUAAAAAUCUUUGUCAACUAAAGCUCUAUACCACAGUGAGCAAUUACAGCAUCUUAAUUCAAAGAAUGCAUAUGUAUAAAUGUGUGUUGGUGUAA